CACGAAAUUUUUGAUAGAGACGGACGCGGCGAGUUCUGAACAAAAACGUGACCCUCGAAAUGAAGAUAAUCCUCGGUUUAGUAUUUGCAGCAUGCUUCAUCACAGCCGCUCACUCGGCGGUCUGUGUUGAAAGUGACAUCACUCCGUUUGCGGGGAGCUGGUACAGCGGUGGAAAGAAGGCACUUGCGGUGUCGGAUGAGGGUGUAUUGACACUCUUUUCCUAUACACGAAAUGGUGUUCUUGAGAUACAUGUCACGUGCAGCGAAAAGAGCGGCGUCCGCGUCGGAUCAUUCGUAAUGGCAGCGCAAUUCGGUGGAAAUGAUGUGUCCUUGUGUAUGGUAAUUUCAAAAGGCAAAGGAAACGUACAAUUAUAUGUCGAGAUACCAAAAGCUCCAAAAACUCCACCUUAUGUUGUUGGUGGAUCGCAGACCGUCGACGACUAUUGCAAAGAUGUCACGAUGGCAGCAAUAACUCUCACAUCUACUCCCUCUAGUGACUAAUACCAACAGAACAAACUCAAAGACAUCAUGAGGACACAAAUCGAACACUCUGCAUGUACUCUCAGCCAAUUUCUGUGUCGUU